AUGAAGACGGUGAAAGAGGAGAGCAUUUUGGCGAUGCGCGAUAUUGGCAUUCAAGUCAAGACGACGUAUUGGGGCGGCAGCAGUGUGUCUCGAUUUGUGAAUCGGUUAAAGAUUGAGGAUGUGGUUCUCAACGAGGGGAUCACCAUGUGGCAAAUCAAGUCCUACAUGGCCCUCUUGGUGAAGGAUCAGGAAAAGAUGACGGUGGUAUUCGAGCAUUUGUUACCGAAACUGCAGCCAAUUCUAUUGGAUGUAUAUCGAGGUGUGCGUCAAACCAUCUUCCCUCAGCAGCCCACCUUGGAGACACUUCCUGCUGACCAACUAGUAGAGACGAGCGUGUGA